AUCAAAUACAGUCAGUUCUCUUUAGACUUUUGAUCUGAUGCGUCUUAUUUCUGUUGUGAUGUAUUUAUUGUUAAUUUAUAUUAUUUUUCUCCCGUUCAACUAUAUUGAAUGCCACCGCAGUGAUACAUUCCGAGGACGUCUGGAGCAGAUCCCAGAGCGCCUUGUGCCCCUGACCAGGGGUCUGUGGGGCGAAGGCGGGAUUCCAAAAUGGCUGACCGAUAUCUAUGCCCCUGUUUAUGCGACUUCUGACUCGUUGUGUCAACGCGAGAGCGAAAUCUACAAAGAGGCACUGCAAAACUUCAGUCUAUGGGCUUUCCAGAUGUUCGAUUCUUCAUCCAAGCUGCAGUCUGGUAUCCUGUAUGCACAUUUCAAAGACUUGGGCAGCUUUGACGAGUGCAUAGAUGUGGAUGCAAUCAGCCCUUUCAAGGUGCAACAGUGCUUGGUGGAGCUGAGAGGCAUUGUCAAGUAUCCUAAGGUUCCUGGUGAUCUGGAUGACGUCGAAACCAUAGUGGGAGGUUUACCCCUACUGAAACCUCACCUAGGAUUGGCAAUGUGUGUCCCUGCAUCUUGUAACCGAUCUGAACUUCUAGACCACUAUAACGAGGUUUUCUCACAUCUAAAUCUGACUCCCAUAAUAAACCAGUACAGCUGUUCAACAAAGGAUCCUGCUCCUUUCUAUUUCUUCGACUGGGUUAUGGGGUUUGUGUGUGGUGGAGUAUUCCUGCUUGUCAUAAUGACAAGCGUCUUUGAUAUUGCUGGAUCUAGGCGAUUGAAACAGAAAGGUGGAAGAUUCUGGAAGCUUCUGGAGUGUUUUUCGACGAGACGUACCCUGUGUCACAUAGUGAGCAAGAAAGACCCCAACAAACCACUCGCCUCUCUGAGGGGUCUGCGCUUCCUCUGCGUGCUCUGGAUUGUCUAUUCUCACAACUACGCAUGCGUGGCAUUCCAGCCAACACUCAACUGGAUACAUAUCUAUAAUAUGAUGGAAAGCCUUUCAGGAGCGAUUUUCCUGAACGGAAAAUGCGCCGUCGACUUAUUUCUGGUGAUGAGUGGUUUACUACUGUGUUACAUUUUCUUGGAUAUGAUGGAGUCUGGCAAAAAGUUCAAUCUGUGGCUGUUUUAUCUACAUAGAAUUGUGAGAAUUCUUCCGAUGUACGCUGUGGUAGUAUUUUUGGGCCUAACUUUCUACCCAAGAUACGCGAGUGGCCCCCAGUGGAACCACCUCAUCAAACGCCACGAACAAAACUGCAGAGAUCACUGGUGGACCAACAUGCUUUUUAUCAAUAACUAUGUGCACACUGAUAGACAGUGCAAUCCACAAACUUGGUACCUGGCAGUUGACAUGCAGCUUUACCUGCUAUCACCUCUCAUUCUUUUCCCGGUUUACAAAUCCAGGAUAUUCAGGAGAGUGGGACUACCAUCACUUGUGCUUAUUUCUAUAAUAAUUUCGUUUCUCAUCUCGUACUCUCAUCAAAUACCUGCAGGAUCUAUCAUUGCCAGAGAUUUGCAGACCAUGGAGUCAUACUCUACGGAGUACAUAACCACACAUACAAGGUUUGGUUCAUGGGUGAUUGGUAUUGGACUUGGAUAUUUACUAUACCAAGCCAAAAAUACAAAAAUCAAACUAUCAAAAUUGACAGUGGCCUGUUGUUGGCUAUUCUCUGCUGUUGUCUGCACGACAAUCCUGUUUGGAAUCACCUAUUUCAAUCAGCCCGAACGAGAGUACAAUCGCGUACAAUCUGCCAUCUACACCAGCCUGCAUAGCACUCUCUGGUCUCUGGCCACUGGUUGGAUGAUAUUCGCUUGCGAGACUGGAUAUGCUGAUACGUUAAAAAAUGUGCUGACCUGCAGAUUCCUGCAACCGCUUGGCAACCUGUCAUUUGCCAUCUAUCUGUUGCACGGUAGUUUUCAAUUUGUGUUAUCGGCUAUGAUGAGAACACCAGCCUACCUUGAUUUCAUGCCUAAUAUGGUGAUGAUGUUGGGAGUGGUGGUUCUCACUGCAGCUAGCGGCCUUCUGUUUUCAGUAUUAUUCGAACUGCCCUUCAUGAAUCUCGAAUAUGUGCUAACUCGGCGUGGUCAAACAAAAGCUAAGAACAUUCCCGAGAAAAAUGGAAAUGAUGUCUUGCCUAAGAAAACCCUUUCUAACACAAAUAUAACAAGGUUUUAAAGAUGAAUCAUCACAGCGAGAAAAAAGUCGAAUUUCCUCUUACAAUCUAAGCUAUGAAUUAUUGUUAUUAUAACCUCAUAAAUUAUUGUAUUUAUUCAUUGAUUACAACACUGACCACCAAAAA